AGCCCAGCAGGAUAUCGGGGCGAGGCCUCUUUGCCUCUUUGUCUAACUGGUGGAGUUGGGAAGUUGGCGUAUUAGAACAAAUUUGCACUGUUGUCUGUUGAGGAUGUACGGAGAAACAGGUGGAUCAUACUCUUCGGAUGAGUUUGUGAAGGUUGAAAAAAACAAAAUUAAUGCUAAGUAUGGUAGGGCCAACAGUGUGCUCCAAGUAUGUCUGGGUCCCUCUCCACGACUUAUCAUCUCCUCGUGAUGUCCAACAAUGUGAAGGAAAUGUGCCAAUUCUUGCUGAGUAUGACUCAUUCUUUGUGAAGGAAUUCAAUGUCAAUCAACUAGUUAAAAGUGAUCUCUACGAUUCUUUGCACACAGUGUUUGUCUUCCUCUCAAAUACUGCUUGCAGUAACCUGCCAAUUGUUGUAACAACCGAAAGAUACAAUGAGACUUCUCAGCCCCCUUAUGGUCCCGUGUACAUGCUGGAAAAUUCUAUCAUCUCACUCAACGUCUGUGCUAGUACAGAAAGCCUGAUAUGAUCCUCUUAUUCUCUACAUACUUAAGACUGUCGAGAAAUUUCUUAAUUACGACCCGAAACAUCCAUCUAAAGAGUACUAUCGAAAGCAUAUUCUAGUGGGGAACAAUGGCUUUACAAACUGUACUAACAUAUCUCUGGUGCUC